AUGGCGGAGACAGUCGAUGAUGAGGGAGCAAUAGUAAAAGAAUUGGCCACAUGGCAACAAGGUGUCAAAGAUGGGAGAAGCACAUCCUUUCACAUCCAUCCGACAGAUCGUCCCUCCCAAACGGGACUGGCACAUCAGUGGUCGAUACCCAAUGAAUCUCAAGAUGAUAAUAUCGUCGACAACACCCUAGCUCCCAUGACGACCUCCACCGAUAUCCAUGUAGAUCUGCCGGACUCAACACAGGAAGAUACCACUAUAAUCGCAGGGGAAGAGUUCAACUGGAAUGACACGGUGCCAGAGCAAGGUCAAACUGGAGAUAAUAUGGAUGAUCUUCUAUCAUGGCUAUUCAAUCCAGCUACAGAUAAUGACAUUUUAUCUUCAUCGACUAUCCCGCUAGACAACCAACCGCUAUUCGAAGAUUUGCAACAUAAGGGACACGAUGACAAUCUGCAUCCAGACGAGACUGAUUUAGAAGUUCGAUCGGAUCUAGGAUAUCAGAGUAACAUCAACAUGAUUCCAACAUUAUCGCAAAGACCUCCGAGUAGGAUGAGGUCCACGUAUCCUGAAAAUUACAUCCCUCACGUCCCACCUCCCGUGCCAUCGCAGAACAUCUAUCCCGACCUGUCAGAAAGAUGGUCAAGCUAUAGACCAUGGAGGGUACCACCCAAUGUUGAGAUAGUGGAUGAAGAAGCUAGAGCAUCAAUGUUGGAUCUCUUCGGCAACACUGCAAGGCAAGACUUGAUGUCCCCUUCAUUCAGCUUACAGCAAAUGAGAUUACACCUCGAGCUAUACUUCAUGCACUUCGCACCACUAUAUCCAAUCGUUCACGAGGCCUCGCUGCCUUACCGUAAAUUGCCCCCUGAUCUGCUGCUAGCCAUGAUAUGCGUUGGGACAGCUUUCGCCAACGACCCAGAAGGUCUGGAAAUGGCAUCUAAGGUGCACAAACAUCUCAGAACGAGGGUUUUCGACAUGGUUGAAGAUGAACCGACAGCGUCGGUAUCGUCCUUGCAGACGAUCUUAUUGCUAAAUCACUUUGCGAGAUCUUUCUGCUCGUUGAAACAGCAUGAUGUGGCUCAGAUAUUUCACUCACCAAUCAUCAACCUUGCCAGACAGUCGGGAAUGCUAUUGCCCAAUUUCGAUAGGAAAUUGCAGAACUCCUUAGAUGAUCCGAUGGCAUGCUGGCUGGAAUGGGUAGCAGAAGAGGAGAGGAAAAGACUGGGCUGGUUCAGCUUUAUGAUGGAUACUGAGAAUGCAGCGUUGUAUAGGGGUUUCUUGUUGAUUCACUGCUACCUCAUUCAAAUCGACGUACCUUGCUCAGACGAAGUGUGGCAAUCAUCCAACCCUCUAGAGUGGAAUACCGCCUUGACCCAAAGCGUCCGACCUCCAUCCUUCCGUAAUCUGCUGAGAGACCUAGCAGGUAGAGGGUACAUUGCUCCUGGUCUGACCAAACUAGUCUUGUGGAUCUUGUUGCACGGUAUUCACUGCGUACAAUGGACAUUACUGUGGAGGGAUUUAGGCGAUCUAUCGAUGGUUCACGUUAGUAAAAUCACCAAUUGGAAGGAUUCCUGUAGGAAGGCAUUCGACACCUGGCGGACAUACGUCGACGACAAUUUUGGCAUGUCGAAUACGAGCUUGAAGGUCUCACCGCUCUUGUCGACGGCUGAGCAUCCAAUGUUAUCUGCCGGAAUACCAUUCUCGCAUCUUGGCACGGUGCUGCUGCUGAGUGAUACAGAACAGAUAAGGAUAUUCGCUGGAACGAAAAAAAUCGCUGGUCGUCCAAUUUCACCAGGUGAAUGGGCAGCCGCGAACAUAUACGUCAACUCGUGGGCGAAAUCGCAAGAUGGUGCUUAUUGUUGCUUUGCCGCCUUGAGACUACUCGCGCACGUAUUCAGAUGGAGUAGCGAGACGAAAUUUCAGAGAACCAGUAUGGUCCCGUGGUGUGUCUAUCUUGCAGCUCUCGUGAUAUGGUCCUACUCUUCCGCCCUGGAAGACCACGACCCUUUACUCGCCCCGUUCAUUCUCAUCACAUCAGCAUCAUCCAAUUCGAACCCUCAAGUGCGUAUCGAACCUUCCUUAGCGCAAAGGAGCGCCAUCGAUUACUUGGAUAACCUAUUAUCGGUCGACCAUCCGUUUUCUCUGCCUUCCAUCAAAGGUAAAAACCGAUGCGCGGGGGUGGUAGCCUAUACUGCUUACCUGGCUGGGACAUUGAAAAGGGGAGUCAUGGAGGAGUGUAGGACUGUGUUGUUGGGUUUAUUGACUGAGCACGUGUAG